UAAAGUCUAUAGUAUUUUCUUAAUAUAGCCUUCUAUUUGCCAAUCAAGUUAACGAUAGAUGUCAAAUAAAUAUUUAUUCUUCACCAUUUUGAUCGGGUGCAUUAUUUCCCAUUCAUUCCAAUUCAAUUGUCUUAAUACCAUAUAAUUAACCUAUUAAUCAUCAACCAUUAUAUCCAUACCAUAAUUACCUUUAACCUAUUAUUAUUGGUUUCAAUGUUAUGCCAUGCGAUUUUAGUUACAUCAUUGACAAGGCAUUAUAUAUGCAACGGUAGAUAACCAAGUCUAUGAAACCAAACUCCUAUUUCAUCAAUUUGGUCGUAUAUAGUCAGUUUAGCCAUUCCUAUUAAUUUUAGUUUUCAUUCCAACUAAAAGACUACCACACACAUUUUCCACCAAUUAUUCCAAGUUCUAUAAAUUUCUUUUCUCAUAAUUUCAAGUGAUCGUCAAGCUUUGAUUUUGUGAGCAUCGUUUCGUGGGCUUUAGAGUUUCUUCAAUUAGGAAGUAAAGCGCCUAUAAGGUACUCAAGGAGAAAGCUUUGAUUGAAUGUGAUGACUGGAGCGCGUACGAACGGGGAAAAAAUUGGGUUUUGUAACUUGUGAAUUUUAUGUAAUAAAUAGUUCUUUGUUGUAUUUUCUUCCGCCGGAAAUUUUCAAACAAUAAUUCAAUUUUAAUUAAAUUUAUAUUUCUUUAAAUUUCACUUCAAUUAUAUAUGUAACCAUUUUAUUUUAAAAAGAAAAAAAAAAUAUAGCGGCACAUUUUCUUAUCAAGCAAAAUUUUUACAAAUAUAUUGAAUGAAAAUCCAGGAUGUUACAAUGUGGCACUUGAACAAAAUACACUUGAAUCCAAUUGCAUUUUCUAUCACUAUCUUUGUGGUGUUUUUUGGUAUUUGUUCAUUAGAGGGUGUAAAAUUGUUGUCUAGAUUGAAAUAUCAAGGGGUUCAAAAGGGACAAUUAGGAUCUACCCUUUCAUCUUACAAGGAUGAGGGUAUAUAUAAGCCAAUGGUCUAUAAUGGAUUAGUUAACAAAUUGCCUGUAAUUAGAAGAUCAAUGCAAGGAGUUGGAAAUUUGGAGAAAGUUGAAGAAAGUCUUGCAAAAGCAAGAGCAUUGAUAAAACAAGCCUUGUUGAGAACCAAUGAUAUUGUGCCUCUUGAGGACUCUCAUGAUUAUACUCCACAAGGAGAGAUCUACAGAAAUGCUUUUGCUUUUCAUAGGAGUUACUACUUAAUGGAGAAGCUCUUUAAAAUCUUUGUGUAUGAAGAGGGAGAACCUCCUCUUUUUCAUUAUGGUCCUUGCAAGAGUAUAUAUUCAAUGGAAGGAAUAUUUAUCAAUUUAUUGGAAAGCAAUACUAUGUUUCGGACUCAGAAUCCAAACGAAGCUCACGUCUACUUUCUUCCAUUUAGUGUUGUUAUGAUCCUGGACAAACUCUUUCACCCAGUUAUUCGUGACAAAGCUGUUUUGGGGAGAACUAUUGGUGAUUAUGUUCAUAUUAUAUCUCACAAAUAUGCAUUUUGGAAUAGAAGUUAUGGAGCUGAUCAUUUCAUGCUUUCUUGUCAUGAUUGGGGACCAAGGGCAACAUGGUAUGUCAAGGAAUUAUAUUUCAUUGCAAUUCGAGUACUUUGCAACGCAAACAUCACCGAACAUUUCAAUCCCGAGAAAGAUGCAUCAUUUCCUGAAAUCAACUUAGCAACAGGGGAAACAACAGGUCAACUAGGUGGCUAUCCAUCAUGGAAUAGAACUAUUUUGGCUUUCUUUGCAGGGGGAAUGCAUGGCAAAAUUAGACCGAUACUUUUCGAACAUUGGAAGAACAAAGACAAAGAUAUGUUAGUUUUUGAAAAACUUCCAAAAAAUGUUUCAUACCAUGAAACAAUGAAGAUGAGUAAAUACUGUCUUUGUCCAAGUGGGUGGGAAGUGGCAAGUCCAAGAAUUGUUGAGGCAAUUUAUGCGGAAUGUGUACCUAUUAUAAUAUCGCAACAAUAUGUACUACCUUUUAGUGAUGUUCUUAAUUGGAAUUCUUUCUCUGUUCAGAUUGAAGUUAGUGAAAUUCCUAAGCUUAAGGAAAUUUUGUUGGGUAUAUCUGAGGAAAAAUAUAUGAGAUUGUAUGAGGGAGUUAAGCAAGUGCAAAGACAUUUUGUUGUUAAUAAUCCUGCUAAGAGAUAUGAUGUAUUCCAUAUGAUUAUUCAUUCUAUAUGGCUUAGGAGAUUAAAUGUAAUUGUGAAAUGAGUAAUCUCCUCUGAUUGUGGCUUAGUCAUAAGACAAUGA